AUGGGGAGAUGUUGGACUGGGGCACCUGGCGCUCGUGUCCUGCUGGCCUUUGUCAGCCUCUUACCUGUGUCGUUGGAAGAAGAUUUGCAGCAGUUGUGCUUAGACACGAGCCUGCAAAGACUGCAAGCAGCUCUCUGGCAGACCUAUGAGGCUUGUGAAGCCAAAGACGCUCCCGCUCCUUUCAAGUCUUGCCUGCCUCUUCGGGUGUCAGAUCCCGUCGCCGUCGUGGCACAGGCCAUUGUGGACUCGAUCCUGGAUGUUUUGGAUGCAGACAAGGUUGAUAUUGCAAAGCUGCAGUCGGUAGACUGCCUCGAAGGGUUGAUAAACGCUUUGGCAGCUUCAUCGCGGCCUUUGUUGCACACAUCCCGGGGGCAGUGGGCGGCCUGGGCCUCUUUCACUUUGGCUUCCUAUGGCUGCUGGCCAUUGCAUGGACUUGGCCAAGCCGUUCCAGGCAGCAGCUGGCCAGUCAGAUAUCAAGACGUUUUGAAUCUGGCACUUUCUGCGGAAGCCUGGAGAGAACAUGGUGAUAAGGCAGAGUUCGCUUUGCCUCCAAGGAAGCCCAUGCCAGCGGCAAUGUUGAACAGGCUAACCCCGAGCAAGCCGCCUUCAGGUCCGGCGAAGGGGCCGCUUCCGAUGCACUUGACCGUUCUCAGCACAGGGCAUCACGCAUCAUAUCCAGUUGCCAUCUCAGCAAUGUGGCGGGCACUCCUUCCAGAGUACGAGAUACAGAUUCAGGACCAUUCCUUUGACGACCGCUACUGCCAGCUUCACGGCACGUGUUCCGCAGACAGCCGUUUUGCGUGGCUUGGUGAACACCUCAGAGGAACACUUGUUCGAACCUGUGGUGGACAUUAUCUGAAAGGCUUUGAGGACAUAGCAUCACUGGCAGAGCACUUCUUCGAGCUUGUCGUCAAAGGCUGUGUGGCAGCUGGCAGGGGUGUUGUGCCAUGGUUUUGCGAAAAGCAUGUGGGUUAUAACGGCCAAUAUACAUAA